UGCGGGUGUACCGGGUGUCGGGGUGUACCGGGAGUGGGGGUGUACCGGGAGUGCGGGUGUACCGGGAGUGCGGGUGUACCGGGUGUCGGGGUGCACCGGGGGUGCGGGUGUACCGGGAGUCGGGGUGUACCGGGCGUGCGGGUGUACCGGGAGUGCGGGUGUACCGGGAGUGCGGGUGUACCGGGUGUCGGGGUGUACCGGGAGUGCGGGUGUACCGGGAGUGCGGGUGUACCGGGUGUCGGGGUGUACCGGGCGUGGGGGCUUCCAGUACCGGCGGUGCCCCGGUGCGGCGCCUGAGGCCGUGCUGUCUUUCCCUUGCAGACACGCUGUUCCAGCUGAAGUUCACAGCGAAACAGCUAGAGAAACUUGCUAAAAAAGCCGAGAAGGACUCCAAGGCCGAGCAAGCCAAAGUCAAAAAGGCCCUUCAGCAGAAGAAUGUGGAGUGUGCUCGUGUCUAUGCAGAGAAUGCCAUCCGCAAGAAGAAUGAGGGGCUUAACUGGCUCCGCAUGUCCUCCCGGGUGGAUGCGGUGGCCUCCAAGGUCCAGACAGCAGUGACCAUGAAGGGGGUGACAAAAAAUAUGGCCCAGGUGACCAAGGCCUUGGACAAGGCUCUGAGUUCCAUGGACCUGCAGAAGGUGUCUGCAGUGAUGGAUAAAUUCGAGCAGCAGGUUCAGAAUCUGGAUGUUCACACAUCAGUCAUGGAGGACUCCAUGAGCUCAGCCACCACGCUGACCACGCCACAGGAGCAGGUAGACAGCCUCAUUGUCCAGAUUGCGGAGGAGAACGGGCUGGAGAUCAUGGACCAGCUCAACCAGCUCCCCGAGGGUGCUUCUGCGGUGGGGGAGAGCUCAGUGCGCUCCCAGGAAGACCAACUGUCACGGAGGUUGGCUGCCUUGCGGAAUUAAGGUCUCCUAUCGCCCCUCUAGACUGCUGCCCCUGCUGGGAUGGUGUGGGGCCGAUGGGCCCGGGACUCCUUCCCCACAGCCGCUGCCAUCCCCUGCUCCAGCAGCACAUCCCCAGCCCUGCCUGCGCUUGGACACUGCUUUGGGGCUGUGGUGGUGAUGGCUUUUCCCAGAACCAGCAGCGAUCUUGGCAGGGGUUCUUGAGCAGAGGUGGCCUCUCCGGGCUGAAGGAAUGCUUCCCUGGGUCUGAUUUCAGCGUGUUUUCCAUUGGAGGGCUGCUGCUGGUUUCUGGCAGUGUCUCAUGGUGCAGUGUCACGCUCCUGAUUUAACACUAAAGAGUCCUUCUGGAGGCGGGUCACAGUGUGUUUUGGGGUGCUGCUUGCCUAACUCGCCUCUGUGUGUGUGCAGCACACUUGUGUUGUUCUCCUUGGGGCCCGCAGCAAGGAGCUGUUUACAAGGAGUAGGGGGAUCCCACUGCACCGCAGUGGUUUGGGAAGGGUGUUUCUCCCAGCUGUGGGGUUUCUGGGAAGGUCAGUGCCUUGCGGGAAAGGGAGGUUUCGCUGUGGCAUCUCUUCCCUUACAGUAACCUUCCCGAGCCAUAGCUGCGUGCCCUGUGUUGCAGGCUUCACCUUGCCAAUCACUAGCUGCUUGUCCUCCCAGGCCAAUCCUCCCUGCAGCUCCUUACCACAAAGUGACCUUUGAAAUGCUUGUCCUGCCCUGCACAAGUAUGCGUGUGUGUGCAUCCGCAGCUCCCCCAUCUCCACCCGCUCUGGUCUGGAAAUGGUUAUCCAGGCCCUUGCCUCCCAUGUGGAGCAAUCCCUGCUCCAUGCUCAGCAGUCGGGAGUGGAUUGCAGCAGCUCCCAGCCCCAUGCUCACAGCGCUGGUGGCCUCAGCCCUGUCCCCACAUGUCCAUCAGCCAGAUGGGUGUGACGAUAAACGCUAAACCAUCCCCAGAGCGUGUCUGCCUGCGCUGGCUGCAGCUCGGCCCCUGAGUGUCUGCUGCCAUUCCUCCUCUGCUGUCCCCUCCUUGCUGCUGCUGCUGCUGCCUGUAGAACAGCACUGAGCUGGGGGAGAGGGGGCUGCCUCCCCUGGCCCCUCUCCUCCAUCUCAUGGCAAACGUGGCUGCUCAUCCCUCAGAGCCUUCUUCCUACACUGAACUGUUCUGUGCUCCUUCUCUGCGACUCCCAGGCACCAUGAGGUGCUGGGUUGAUGCCGGGAAGGAAAUGCAGUUUCCUUUGGCUCUUGGGAGGAGGAACUUUAACUUGCUGCAGGCUGUAAAUGGAGGCUGUGCAGUGGCUGGGUCCUGUGUGGUGUGGGGCAGGCAGCUGGUCCCACUGCAGUGGGGUGGCUCCAAUGCAUCACUUCCAAAGGGAAUUUUAAGGUGUGCUGUGAGGGGAGCAGCUCCCAGUGCCGCUGACGUUCCCAGGCACCUGUGCUGUGUGUGCAAGCGUGGUGCAGGACUGGCUGCGGGUGGGCUGUGUCCCAGCCCUUCAACACAAACACUUCUCACCGUUUUGCUUAUUUCCUCUGAAUUCAAUGGCCUUAGCAGCGUGGGUCUGGUUACCGACAGAGCCUUCCUCCCCACCCCGUGCUGUGGUGGGGCGAGGGGAGGUAACCCUGGAGGUGGCUUUGGACUCCCAAGUCACUUGUGCAUGGUGAAGUGUUGGCUCUUGUGUCACCUCCCAGUGAGCUGGGCAGCAGGCAGAGUUGUCCCCCUGCACAGGGGACACCCGUGGGCCCAGGGAGCCACUGCCCUGAGGAGCUCCCUCUGUCAGGGUGAUGUUUGUUUGUGCUUUCCUUUGCGUGUUUUGUUCGUUUUGGUUUUUUAAGCUUGUCUCAUUUGUUGCCUUCUUCUCCAAACCCCCGUUGAUUCCCUUCUGCUAUCUCAAAUAAACAACCCCUGACCAUCC